GCAACUUGAAUGUUUCUGCAUCGCUGGACCCCAAUCGAGUUAUAAAUGAAAGAUUGCCCACGGGGAGGAGGUUCAAUGCAGUCCGAGCAGCGUUAGGGAGAUGUACGUCAAAGGAUUACGGUUCCAGCUCUGCCAGAUGGUGAUAGUGGUGCUCUUUGCCGAGGCCUUGGGGCGCCUGCACAAGAGGAACGGCUACCACUAUAGGCCCCAGCAGCCGCCGCCGUUGCCGCCGCAGCACCAUCAGAAUGGAUACUAUGAGUCCCUGCAUCCGGCAGUGGAGCCCCCAGAGCCAGAGAAGCCACAGCACAGCAGCCCCAAGAGCUACUACAGCCAGUCGGGGAGCAGCAGCAGCAGCAGCAGCAGCAAGGGGAAUCAUGGCUACAGCAUUGGCAGCGGCCUGCGCUCCAUAGCCCAGGGAUCGGCCGAUCAGGCGCACAGUGCCGUGUCCAACCAGCAUGCGGCGGCCAAGCAGGCGGCAUACAUUGCUCAGAACACGCUUGCCCAGGCGGCGUCCCAGGCAUCGGCCACGGCCCAGGCCGCGCUUGCGGGGAAGGAAGUGGUGCUGCAGGAGCUGGAGCAGCAGGCGGCCGAGGCCCAGCGUGCGCUCUCCCGCGAGCUGGAGCAGCUGAAGGCUGCCAAGAUCUCCUCAAGGCUGGCCCAGCAGACGGCGCAGGCCGCCCAUCAUCACAUCUCCGUCCUCACGGCGGCCGUAAACAAUGCAAAGUCCGUGGCCGAACAGGCCGAACAGACAGCCAGCGAGGUGUCCAACCAGCUGGCCUCACAGUCCACGAUGGUGGGCCAGGCCAAGAACCGGCUGGAGCAAGUGGAGGAGCAGCUGCAGCAGGCGCGCGUCGAUUACGCUGCCACCAAAGAGUCGGCCCUCAAGGCAGCCUCUUCGGCGGCUGCAGCUCAGGUGAAUGCCUCCAAGGCGGCGCAGCAUGCCACCAUUGGUCUGCACGAGAGCACGAAUCAGGUGGACCAUCAUCAUGAGGGGCACGAGCUUGCAGAGGAAUCGUACGAUGAGCACAUUGACACCAGUGGCGUGGGCCACACGGCGUCAGGGGACGAGCACACGCGCAAUGUGUACUCCCAGUGAAUGUUUCUUGUGUAACGCAACCCCUUAUUUAUCUAUUUAAUAAACUAUUAUAGU